AUGGGCCGCAGAGCAGGCUCGCCUGCACGCUCCGAAAAUGAAUUCGACAUCGGAAACGCCCUGAUCGGAGACGAUGCGGACUUUGACAUAUCUUAUACAGAUGGCCAAGAUGGGGGUCUACGAAACGGCGAUCUGGAUGUCAUGGCGGAAGACUCAGGCGUUGAUGACGAGGCUAUCAUCGCCGCCCAACAAGCCACGGCGAAUCGCAAGGGCGCCAACCUCAAAGGUCGAACGGUGAAGAAAGGCGGUGGCUUUCAGGCCAUGGGUCUCAAUGCCAAUCUGUUGAAAGCUAUAACAAGAAAGGGGUUCUCUGUCCCAACACCGAUUCAACGCAAGACGAUACCUCUCCUUCUCAAUGACAAAGAUGUGGUGGGAAUGGCGCGAACGGGAUCCGGCAAGACGGCGGCUUUUGUUAUACCCAUGAUUGAAAAGCUGAAGGUCCACAGCGCCAGGGUGGGAGCUCGAGCCCUGAUCCUGUCUCCCUCACGAGAGCUGGCAUUACAGACGCUACAAGUGGUCAAAGAGCUUGGACGGGGAUCAGACCUGAGAUCUAUCCUGCUUGUGGGCGGAGACAGCCUGGAGAUGCAGUUCUCAGCCAUGGCCAAUAAUCCCGACAUCAUCAUCGCCACGCCCGGAAGAUUUCUUCACUUGAAGGUUGAGAUGAACCUGGAUCUUUCGAGCAUGAGAUAUGUCGUCUUCGACGAGGCCGAUCGGCUGUUCGAAAUGGGGUUUGCCGCCCAGUUGACGGAGAUUCUCCAUGCGUUGCCGGCUUCCAGACAGACCUUGCUUUUCUCCGCGACACUACCAAAAUCCCUUGUUGAAUUUGCCCGUGCUGGUCUACAGGAGCCAGUGCUGGUCCGUCUGGACGCUGACAGCAAGAUCUCGCCUGAUCUGCAAAGUGCGUUCUUCACUUUGAAAUCGUCUGAAAAAGAGGGAGCCCUGCUGCAUUUGUUGCAAGACAUAAUCAAUGUCCCUACGAGAUCCCAAUUGAUUUCAUCUACUACCUCCACCGACAAAGGCCAAUCAGGCAAGAAGAGGAAAAGACAAGAUACGGAGGAUGGCAGCGCUCCUGGCUCCGACCCCUAUUCAACGAUUGUCUUUGCCGCAACCAAGCAUCAUGUCGAAUACCUCGCACAACUUCUCCGACUGGCUGGAUAUGCCGUAUCAUAUGCCUAUGGCUCUCUUGACCAGACAGCUCGCAAGACCCAAGUCCAGGCAUUCCGCGCCGGCCAGACAAAUAUUCUUGUCGUGACCGAUGUUGCCGCGCGAGGCAUCGAUAUUCCAGUGUUGGCCAACGUCAUCAACUACGAUUUCCCCUCGCAGCCCAAAAUAUACCUCCAUCGAGUAGGCCGGACGGCGAGAGCCGGUCAGAAAGGAUGGAGUUACAGUCUGGUUCGUGACGCGGAUGCCCCUUACCUGCUCGACCUGCAGCUCUUCCUCGGCCGCAAAUUAUCAGUUGGACGAGCCAACAAGGACAAUGUCAACUUCGCCCAGGACGUGGUAGUGGGCACUUUUCGGCAAGAAGAUUUGCAAACAGGCUGCGAAUGGGUAUCAAAGACCCUUGAGAACGACACGGAUCUGUCGGCCCUGCGCUCCGUGGCAGACAAAGGCGAGAAGCUGUAUCAACGGACCCGAAACUCGGCCUCUGCAGAAAGCGCGAAAAGAGCGAAACAGCUCGUCUCCGCUCAGUCGUGGUCGGAAUUGCACCCUCUGUUCAACGAUCAGGCCGAUGACCUAGAGGCGGAAAGAGACAAGAUGCUUGCGCGGGUAGGGGGUUUCCGACCUCAAGAAUCGAUUUUCGAAAUCGGCGCUCGCCGCGGCGGCCGCAAGAACAAUGAAGACGCCGUCGACGCCAUCAGAAAGAUCCGUUCUAACUUCCAGACACGAAAGCAGAAGUCUAUGGACGCAGCGCAGGUGCAAAAGGAAGCUGAUAACGACAACGACGACGAACCUCCGUCCAAGCAGAGACCAGAAGAGGCCGACGACAGGAAUGACGACGAGAUAGACUUCAACGACGCCAUGUCUGAAGCGUCUUCGUCGGAUCUCGAGAUCACCUUUUCCGAACCACACUCGAAGAAGCGAAAAUCCAACCGACUCAGUGGCGGCGGCAACGACGCCAACGACACCAGUAACACAUUCCGCGACCCGGAGAACUUCAUGUCCUAUCUGCCCACAUCGACGAAUCUGACCGACGACCGCGCCUACGGCGUCCACUCCGGCAGCAACACGAACACAAACUUCGCGGAAGCGGCGCGCUCGGCGACGAUGGAUCUGGCGAUGGACGAGUCCGGCAAGAAGUUCGGCGAGGCGCGCUCCAUCAUGCGCUGGGACAAACGACACAAGAAAUACGUGCGGCGCGACAACGACGACGACGGCUCCAAGAACAACGGCAAGCGCCUGGUGCGGGGCGAGUCGGGGGUCAAGAUCGCCGCGAGUUUCCGCAGCGGCCGCUUCGAGCGCUGGAAGAAGGAUAAUCGCGUCGGCAGGAUCCCCCGCGUCGGCGAGACUGAAGGCAAGAACGGGCCAGUGGCUAUGUCUGGAGCAGCGGGUGGUGAGUCUGUCGGUCAUGGAGGAGCAGCAGGCCUGGGAGGCAAGCGGUUUCUUCACAAGUCCCAGAAGGCGCCCAAAGCUCCUGACAGGUUACGCGAGGAUUACGAGAAGCAGAAGCAGAAGAGCACCAAGGCCAAAGAGCGUGAAGCCGCCAUGGGCAUGCAGGGCAGCAAGAAGGAAUUGAGAUCGGUCGAUCAUAUGGUCAAAGAGAGGCGGGCUAAGGAGAAGAGACGGGAGAAGAAUGCUCGGCCUGUGAGACGAAAGGGUCGAAGUUGA